AUGGACCCGGAGUCUUCACAGAGGAUCGGUGAGAAUGGCCCGCUUCUACUGCAGGACUUCCAUCUCAUCGACCUAUUGGCGCAUUUUGACCGCGAACGUAUCCCUGAGCGGGUUGUCCAUGCCAAGGGUGCCGGAGCGUAUGGUGAAUUUGAGGUAACGGAUGAUAUCUCUGACAUUACUAUAAUCGAUAUGCUCAAAGGCGUAGGCAAGAAGACGAAGUUGCUCACUCGCUUCUCUACUGUUGGUGGAGAGAAAGGCUCUGCUGACAGCGCUCGAGACCCUCGCGGGUUUGCUAUCAAAUUCUACACUGAAGAAGGGAACCUAGACUGGGUCUUCAACAAUACACCCAUUUUCUUCCUGCGUGACCCCGCUAAGUUCCCUAUCUUCAUCCAUACCCAGAAACGCAAUCCGCAAACAAACCUCAAAGAUCCAGAUAUGUUCUGGGACUAUCUUUCCACGCAUCAAGAGUCUGCUCACCAAAUUAUGCACCUAUUUUCGGACCGCGGCACACCCUACUCCUACCGCCACAUGAACGGCUACUCUGGCCAUACGUAUAAAUGGAUAACCCCUGAUGGGGGCUUCAACUACGUCCAAAUCCAUCUCAAGACGGACCAGGGCAUCAAAAACUUCACCAAUGAGGAGGCUACCCGAAUGUCGGCUGAGAACCCUGACUGGACCAAAAUCCAUCCCUGGACAUGUUAUGUACAGGUCCUCUCGCCAGCAGACGCUGAGAAAUUCCGCUGGAAUAUCUUUGACCUUACCAAGGUCUGGCCGCAUGGCGAAGUCCCCCUCCGCCGCGUUGGUCGUCUCACUCUCAACAGAAACCCAGAAAACUACUUUGCCGAGAUGGAACAGGCCGCCUUCUCACCUUCCCACGUUGUACCGGGUGUCGAGCCCUCCGCUGAUCCGGUGCUACAGUCCCGUCUGUUCUCUUACCCAGAUACUCACCGCCACCGUCUAGGUACAAAUUACACUCAGAUACCCGUGAACUGCCCCUUGAAGGCAUACACACCGUACCAAAGAGAUGGCCACAUGUCAGUAGACGGCAAUCAUGGUGCAAAUCCCAACUACCCAUCCAGCUUUAGAAAGGUAGCAUUCCGGCCGGUUCGUGCUAGCCAAGAGCAUGAGAAGUGGGCUGGUGCCGUGCUUUCAAAGCAACUGCCCGUCACUGACGAAGAUUUUGUACAGCCCGGUAGACUCUGGGAAGUCAUGGGCAAAGAUAAAGGGCAACAAGAUAAUUUUAUAGGGAACGUAGCUGGCCAUUUGGCGGGAGCGAAUGAAAAAGUCAGGAGAGCGACCUACGGGAUGUUCCGUAGGGUCAACAAAGACCUUGGUGCAAGGAUAGAGAAAGCCACAGAAAAGGAGGUUUCAGCUAAACCGCAUCCGCGUCUCUAG